UGUUUUGACAGCAUGGAUCUUUCCAGUCGACAGCUUCUGUCUGAAUGCGACCUUGGUAAUCUCUUAUAUGAAGAUAAAGCUCCUCUUGAUCCCAAGGAUCUGCCCGAACCAAAGUUUAGGCUUCCUCGGGAAAAACAAGCCCCUCGUGCGCGAACGCUUACGCGGUGGGAGAGGUUUGCUCAGAUGAAGGGAAUCAAUAAGCAUAAGAAGUCGAGAAAAGUUUGGGAUGAUGCCAGCCAGUCAUGGAAACCAGCCUGGGGCAAAAACCGUGUAGAUUCGGUGAAGGACAAGUGGGUACUAGAAGUCCCUGAGAAUUCCGAUCCUUACGAAGAUCAAUUCGAAAAAUUAACGAAGGCAAGAAAUGAACGAAAAGCUAAAAACGAAUUCGCACGGCUAAAGAACAUUGCUCGAUCAAUCAAAAAAGGCCAAGGUAUUUCUCCUCCUGUUGGUGUGCUGACAGAAUCAGAGGCCUCUAAGAACGCUCUAACCCGAGCCCUUGAAAUCACUAAGCGGUCAGAUGCGUCGAUGGGUCGUUUCUCUGAAGACAUUAAUGAAACGAAGAUUGCAAAUAAAACUGAGUUGGUUUUGUUAUUUUUGAGCUUGCUUUAUUCCGAUACGGCACUCCUCCAUAAAAAUGAGUCACUUUUCACACGUUGUUCAUAUACUUGA